AUGGAAGACGACGACGACGAUUUCGAAGACAUCGAUGAGGAAGAUGACGAGGACCGGUUCGAUGAUGAGGAUUCUGACUCUGAUGCAGACGUUCCGCCAAGGCGCCGUGGCCCCCCCAGAGGUCGUGGUGCGGGAGGCGCUGCUCCCAACGUCAACGCCGAAGAGUGCAAGAACCAGUAA